AUGCCCGAAAAAAAGUUCUCGGCGCACGGCCAAACUCGCCCCUCCGAUGACAGCCACUGGACAAGCUCGGAAUUUCUCGUCGGCAAAUUACCUGUCGCCUACCGCCUCAUCACCCAGGUCGUUUUCGUCGGCACCCGCAUCGUCGGUCGCUCCUUCGCCGCCGCCUACAAGCAGGCCCAGGCCUCGUCCGAAUACGCGCGCGCGCAGGCCAAGAACGGCAACGCGGGCGCCGGCACCAAGGGCAACCUGUCGUCAGGCAUGACGCUCGACGAGGCGUGCAAGAUCCUCGACGUCGAGACGCCCAAGGACGGAUCCAAGAGCGCGGGCAACGUCAUGGAGCGCUUCAAGAAGCUGUUUGACGCCAACGACCCCAAGAAGGGUGGCAGCUUCUACCUGCAGAGCAAGGUUCUGCGCGCAAGGGAGAGGUUGGAGAAGGAGAUUGGGCCGCUGGUCGAAAAGGAGGAGGUCGAGUCUGAGGUGAAGGAGGGAUUCAAGCCCAAGAUUUACAAGGACCGGUGA